AUGGCGAAAAUUGAGGUACAAAUCAGGAGCUGCUUUUGUUGUGGUUUAUCUUUGGCUACGAUUCUUAUUGCAUUUUAUACUUUGUUUUUAUAUUCACUGCUAACCGGAUUGGCUAGUUGGGGUUUAUCUGAUACGACAGCUAAUGGUGAUUCAUCACAUUACACAAAUUGCGAUUUGGAAGCUUUAGGCAAAGUACGACCAGACAAUCGUAAGCUAACAUUCAAUCAAGGUACAACAACUAUUGUUAUCGAGGAUUCUAGCUCAUAUCAUUGCUCAUUCGGUCUUUACACCGAGGAAUUAAUCUUUUCUUAUACAUGGAGAAGGUCAACACUUGUAAUUGAUAUCAUCUUAUAUGUACUCAUUAUAAUUGCAAGUAUACUAUUACUAAUUGGUUUAGCAUCAUAUGUGGAAUGGUUGCUAGUACCAUGGAUUUUUUUGAUAAUUUUAGAUGUUAUCAGGGGACUGAUCAGUGUGUUCUUCAUUUUCUUCUAUGCUCACUGGAAUUUGGUACGUAUUGCAACUGGAAUAUUUUUUCUUGGAUUGCAAUUCUUUCACAUAUCGUUAGUUAUUAUAAUGAUAGCAAAAUUUCAACGUAUGCAUAAUCGAAAUAUUGGUAAUGUUAUUGACGGAGAUAAACAGUAUGAUGCACGAACUGUUUAUCCAACUUUACCAUCAAAUUACGCUUAUUCACCUCAAAUGAGACGAGAUCAAAUGUACUACACGGAUCAACGUGAUCCACGUGUAGUUCAUGAUACAAUGUACAGACAACCACAGCAAAUUCGAUGA